AUGAAAGAUGAGGCCAAGCCCGGUUCACAACAAGGUGGCAAGUGCAUGCGAGAGCCUGGGAUAGGGUGGAAGGUAGAGGUAGGUCACAUUGAACCUUGCCUCAAGGUCAAGUCGCACCACCGAAGUCGGCUUGACGAACUCGCUCGCCGCCUCGAAGAGGCCGACCAACUGGCCGAGAAGCUCUCGAUAAAGGCGAAGCCGCUGCAAGUGGCGGCCAGUAACGAGCACUCCUAUGUGGAUUGCCCACUGCGAACCGAGCCUCCCGCGCCCGUCCCCGGCGGCAGCGGCACAUUCUCUCGCAAAACGAAGAGUAACGGACCACCGCCGCCGCUCUCACAGUUACCGGCCGGGAUCGGGACCAACAGCUCGAUUCUCAUGAUCAAGGGCGGAGUUCAGGCUGGAAUCUCGAAUUGGAGUGCUGUUGACCUUGAUCUCGGCCUCGUUGUCUCAAGCUCCGCUCCUCAUUUAUCAAGAUCACCUCCCGCUAGACCUAUGACGUUGUGA